UAAAUCCGAUUCAUAUGUCCAAGACCUUGAGAUACAGAGUUGUUAAGUUUAGCUGAAAUAUGGCAUUCGGUAAAAUUACAGCAUUCUUCGGUAUAGUUUUUUUUCUCUUCUUUAGCAGUCACACUUUCGCGCAAAAUACCGGUGGUACAAAAGUCUCGGGUAAUCCCAAAAGUCCAUCUCCGACCACAAAUACCCUGAAAGGGGCAAGAAUUUUCAAAGGACGUUUUUCUAUACCUAGUAAAUGGCCAUGGGUGGUGUUUAUAAAAAUUGAGCGAGGCAGGCAAUGUGGGGGAACAUUGCUCUCAAACGAAUGGGUGCUGACUGCUGCCCACUGCUUUGAUAGAUUCUCUGCAACAAAAAUCGUGAUCGGGUCCAUUUAUAAUGACGAAUCCGCAGAUACAAAUGCUGUUGUUCGAACUGUCAAACAGAAAUGUUGUCAUGAAAAUUACAACCAUAGAACUUGGGAAAACGACAUUUGUCUGAUUAAACUCUCAUCGCCUGUUCAAUAUUCAAGUAACAUAAAGCAGAUUACUUUGCCUGAGGAAAAUACAAGGGUCCCUGACGACACAACAUGCACCGUGUUAGGUUGGGGACUAACAGAAGAUUUCAAACUGCACCCAGGACUGCAAGAGGCAGAAGUAAACGUAGUAAAUUUACAAAAAUGUAAAUCUUGGUAUAAGGAAGAUUCUAGAGAAAUACCAGACGAUCACUUGUGUGCAGGUCAUGAAGAAGGAGGGUCAGAUACAUGCGGUGGUGACAGCGGAGGGCCCUUGGUUUCAAGAGAAGGAAAUUCAUAUAUUAUGCGUGGAAUAACUAGUUUUGGGUCAACCGAUUGUGGAUCAGCUAAACGGCCCGGAGUUUACACAAGAGUUAGCAGCUAUAUUUCAUGGAUAAGAAGAAAAAUGAGCCAGCCAUGUGCAGAACCAGCAUGGAGUGAAUGGACAAAAACGUGCUCUGUCACAUGCGGAAGCGGGAGGGAAGUACGAAGACGGAGAUGUGUUGAUCCCGAAGGAAAUACAGUGUCGAAUAAUCGAUGUCCAGGACAAUUUGUACAACACGAUACUUGUACCGAGGCCCCAUGUUCAGAAGAAAAACUAUACUCGUGGAGUCCAUGGAAAAUUGAAUGUAGCGUCACUUGUGGUCGCGGAAUAGAGUCAAGAACAAGACAAUGCUUAGAUUUGGAUAGAAAGCCUGUUGAUGCAUCAGAAUGUGGAACUGGGGGUAGCAGGGUAGAGCGAAGAUGUGCUAGACCGCUAUGUCCCACAGAGCCAGAGUACCGCUGGGGACCAUGGGAAUCGCGAUGCAGUGUGACUUGUGGGAAUGGAAUCGAAACAAAGGUGAGGAAUUGUUUGGACGAACAAAAUAAUAUUGUUUCUUCUUCCAACUGUCCCGGUAAUUCCGAGGAGCAAGAAACUUGUAUACUACAGCCUUGUCAAACUUACAAAUGGGGUCCUUGGAAAAGUGAUUGUAGUGUGACAUGUGGACAAGGUAUGGAAUUAAGAACAAGAGAAUGUUUUGAUUCCAAUGACAAAGUUGUUGAAUCAUCAAGAUGUGGUUCAGGAAGUAGCACAGCGCAACGUAGUUGCAUUAGGCCACAAUGCCCUGCAAAACCAGAAUAUCACUGGGGAGCUUGGAAAUCUGAAUGCAGUGUCACAUGUGGAAAUGGUGUUGAAACAAAAACUAGAAAUUGCUUAAAUGAGGAAAAUAAAGUCGUGUUCUCUUCUAACUGUCCGGGUAAAAAUAUAGAAAAAGAAUCCUGUAACAGACCUUCGUGUCAAUCUUAUAAAUGGGGAGCAUGGAAAGUCGAGUGCAGUGUUACGUGUGGAAACGGAAUAGAAACACGGUCAAGAAAAUGUUUAGAUUCUAAUGAUUAUGUUGUUGAUACAUCACUCUGUACAUCGGGAAGAAGUCGAGUUCAACGCAAAUGUACUCUAGAACGAUGCAGAACUGAACCAGAAUAUCGUUGGGGUGCUUGGGAAACUUGGUGCACUGUUACUUGUGGAGUUGGAACAGAAAUCAACAGAAGAAAUUGCUUGGACGACAACGACAAUAUCGUAUCUGAUUUCAAUUGCCUUGGAAGGUCCGUAGAACAAGGAACGUGCAAACAGGCGGCAUGUCCUAAAAAUUACUAUUGGGGUCCAUGGAAACGAGAAUGUAGCGUUACUUGUGGCAUAGGAGUUGAGACAUUACAAAGAUAUUGCUUUGAUUCUUCCGGAAAACCAGCUCAUCCAUCUCGAUGCAAACCAGGAAAGGAUCGCAAAGAAUCACGUUGCUAUCGACCUACAUGCAAGCAAGAAUAUCAAUGGAGCGCAUGGGAGAAAUUAUCGUGCGACGUAACUUGUGGACACGGACAACUAAUGAAAUAUCGAACAUGCCAAAAUAAUGACGACAAAAUGGUUGAGUCGAAAUAUUGCGACGGAAAUGAUUUUGAAUUAGAAGACUGUGGUUUAAGUGAUUGUCCUAAACCCAACACAAACAAAAAUGCAUUUCACUGGGGAUCAUGGGGAUCGUGGUCAAAAUGUCGAUCAAGAGGAGGAUGCAAUGGAUUCCGAUUCGCAACUCGAUUUUGCUACACUGGAAAUGAGGACGUCGCUCCUCACUACUGCACCAACACAAUAGGUGAUGAAAACUACAGAGAAGAGUCAUGUAAACUUUCAUAUUGUUGAAACUCUUAUAUUUUUAUAAUGUAUGAAAUGGAAUUUAUAGUUUAUGAAGAAGCUGUGCAUUUAAUUCAUUUUUGUUAGAUGUUUUAUUUUGAAUAUUAUAUAAAGUGCAUUAUUAUAUUUAAAAAACUUUGUGUAUUACUUGUGUUCUAUAGGAAUAAAAGCUAGAACAAUUGACAAUGUUAUAUAUUAACUUCCAACCUUGACAAAAUAAAAAUGGAUUAAACAACAAGUAACUCAUGUGCCAACAUAUCGCACGAGGUGUUCUAACUUUUAAAAACAUAAAUACGUUAAGUUUUCCAAUUUUCUGUCAAGUUUUUCGAUGUUACGUAUAAAUUUACGACAGUUCCGUAUUUUAAUAUAAAUAUUCAU